AUGACUACCAAAUCUCUUCCUAAAGGUUGGCCUGUCGAUGGACGUGUCAGAUAUAUCAACGAAAACGAAUUCGACAAACGCAUUCCACGUGAAAUCAUCCAGCAUUUCCUACGUUUGCCAAUAACUGCCAUUACCAUUACUACCACCACAAGCCCACAAGCAAAUUUAUUAGAUUCGCUAGAGAUACAUGCGGUUGAAGAUGUACCAAAGUCUGUUGUAAUUCGACCCAUUGCAGCCCAAAGUCAUCCAGCAAAUGGCCAAUAUGGAUUGUUUGCUGCCAAGAAGAUCGCACCGUAUGCUCAUGUAUUGAACUACAAUGGACUGGUUGUCCUCGAUGAACAUGCAUCGCCUACCAGUGACUAUUGCUUUCGAGUAAAUUCCUUCUUAGCCAUUGACGCCGAGUUUUGUGGGUCCCAGGCUAGAUUUAUAAACGACUAUAGGGGAGUAGCUCAACGUGCCAAUGCGGAAUUCAAGGUAUUUAGAGACGCAAAGAAGGGGGGUGUUUGUGUCGGAGUUUUUAGUCUGAAGGAAGGCAUUGGGAAAGGUCAAGAGAUUUUGCUGUCUUAUGGCAAGGGCUUCUGGAAGGCACGUGCCGCUGUAGAGGACGUAGAAGACUACGACGAGAUGGUUGAGGUCUAG